ACUUCUGCUUUCGGCUCGUAGGAAAUGAAGCACAUGACCUGGCCCUGCUGAUGUAAGACGGAGCAAAGUUCAGAUCAGACCACUCUUGCUCUCUCUCUGCAGAUUACUGAAGGGACUGCUGUAGUGGAGGAGACACAGAUUAGUGAGAGGUUCGAGGACUCACACACUGUACUAAAGGGCUAGAGAAGUCAUGUCCCUAAUGGUCAAAGCCUGCAUGCCCUGACAUGGGAACAGAGAGAGGGAAAGGGAAAGAGAGAGAGAACCCUUGUUUGGAUUUAACAACUCCGAUCCCCCUGGCUGUCAGUGGACUCAUAGAUGACUCUCACACAGGAGCAGAUGGCUGACGUGGAGAGGAUCAACAAGGAGACAGGGGAGCUGAGCGCUUCAGGGGAGCUAGCUGCCCCCCUGGAUCUGAAGGAGGGAGGGGUGGGGAGAAGAGGUGGAGGACCCCAGCCCCAUCCCCUACUGGUCCUCCAAGAGAUGCUCCAACAGAUGGAGACACACACACACAAGGAUAGUAUGAACACCUCUGGCCAGAAACACACACAUCUCUCCCCUGACCACACACAUACCCAAAAGGAAACCAUGGACCAGAGCGAGAUAGACACACCCCUCCCCCUCGACCAAAAAGAGGAACACUUGCUCCGAGUCCUGCCUCUCUACAUACAGGUAUGUGAAAGUGGUGGUGGGACAGAGGAGCUGGAUCUGAGGAGUCUAGCUGCUCUGACUGCAGACACUGUGGUCUCCAACAUCCAUGACAUACUGGCAGAAAAACCUGCAGAGGAGGCUCGCUACGAGGUGCAGCAGUUCUUCCAGAGAAGAGACGAGACGGACAACACAGAAGAAAUAGACAACAGUGAGAUAGACAGCAGGGAGACAGACAGGACAGAGGAGACAGACAGGGGAGAGUCACACAGCCAGACAACACAGACAGACAAUGCAGGAUGGCUUCUGUUGAAGACUCUGUCUUUCCUGACUGCUACAAACUCUACCGAAUUGAUGUCUGUAGUAAAGCCAGGUCUGCCGGCGGCCCUGGUGAAGUGUCUCUACUUGCUAGUGUGUCUACCGGCCCGGAAGGAGAGAGCAGCAGUAGAGGAGACCUUUCAAGAACUGCUCAUACAGGUCCUGUUACAGCUGUGCAGUCACCCUUCCAGUGUGGAGGAGAUGGUGGAGACUGAGGAGUUGCAGUGUCUGAUCAUCUCGCUCACAUCACUACACGACCAGACUAGUGCCCCCUGGAGGCACCAGGCAUCACGUGUCCUCAGAGCUGUCGCUGCUGCUAAGACACCCAAUACCGUCCCCUUCCUACAGGCUAAGAACUGUGUGCGUAUCUGUAUUCAGAACCUGCAGCGUAUCACUGAUCGUGCCCCAGCUCCAGUCCUAGCUGAGGUGGCUGUCACAGUGUUUAGCUUCAUCAGAGACUCCUACCAGCUCAACCCUGCUCUGUUCACCGAGCUUGAAAAUAACAAUGGGUACACUGUCUUAGAGGCCAUCAUGACCCGGUGUGAGGAGGGUGUGCCUGCGGAGGAGUUUGGUCCAGUAGAGGACCUGUUAUCUCUGCUAGCGUCUUUGUGUCUGUUUGGGAGGUCAGAGCUGAAGGUGGCUCUCUGUGUCACCAACCCUCAGCCACCUGGCUUCAAGUUUGACCCCUCACUCACCACAGGCUCUGCGGUAAAGAACCUAUCAGCGUUCCGUUUGCUCCAGGGUUCCUUCCAGCGGUCAGAGGACUGUGUUUUCUGCUGCCAGAUCCUAAGCACCAUCAGGACUGUGUGGUCAUGGAACAGGGCCAACUUCUUCCUGUUAGAGUGGACUGUUCAAUCACUGGCUCAGCUAGCUCAGUGUGUGUCGAAGAAACCACCUCCUGUACACAGACUGUUCUUCUCUAUGUUAGAGAUGGUGGCAUUCCAUCUUAACUACAUCCCCCACGAGGCUGUGUGUGCGGUGCAGGCUGUGCUGAAGCAGGGCUGGGCAGGGGCCGUGGCCGGAGGGGCACAGUUUGGAGUGGCUGCCCUCGGCUGCUUCCACAGGUUGACAGUGCAUAGUGGUCUGCUAGCGGAAGUUCUCAGUGAUGGAGGUCUGUUGGAACUUCUGCUUGGAGAACUACGCAGGAGGGCCAAGACACUCAGGAAGGCUAGAGGAGCAGGUCCCCACGAUCAGUCAGCUGUAGAGGACAAUGAGAGAGCUCUCACCACCAGCAUGCUCACAGUAGUGGCUGCCCUCACCUUACGCUCCAUCAGAAACACAGUGUCAGUCCGUGACCUUGGGAUGGUUCCCUACAUAAAGAUCUUUCUAGAUGAGGAGCAGUACAGAGGACCAACCCUCAGCAUCCUGGAGCAGCUGUCAGAGAUAAACCCUGACGAGUUUAUGUCUACGGCUAUAGGAGCUCUCUGUUCCUCUACACAACAGGAGCUGGGGCUCAAACACGACCUGCUGCAGUCAGUUUUGAAGGUUCUGGAGAGCCCUAACAGUUGGGGGGCGUUUCGACGUGCGAGGGGCUUCACCGGCCUGCUGUCCCUGGUGGUGGACAUGGAGGGGGCUCUGAGUGACCCCCCUCAGGGUGGGGUGUGGGGUGCUAUGGGGCAGCAGGGGAUACUAGACCUCCUCUUCCUCACCCUACACACCCUCGCCCUAGCUGUCCACGUACACCCUGUCAACUCACACCAGUUCCAGGCUGAAGGGUUCUACGAGAGGCUGGCUGAAGCCUUACUACGGCUGGGUUGUUUCCAGACUGAGGGCCAGGAGGCGACAGAGAGGAUGGAGGGCCACGCUGGGGGUAUGAUGAGUAGGGGCCUGGGCCAGAGAUGGGGUCAGAGAGGAACAGAGGAUAAUCAUUCUCUUGGGAGGAGCUUCCACCAGUUUCUGGAGCUGUCUGAGACCCCUGUGCUCACCUCCCUCUCUUCCACCUCCAAGCCACCCCUGCCUCCCCCUUUACAGACCUGUAUCAGGCUCCUCUCCUACCUGUACCAAUUAGCCACAGGGACCUACGCUGCCCUUGAGAUGACAGCUGGACAUGUGGGAGAGAAGAGAGAGGGGGGGGGAGAUGGGGAGACCCAGGGGGAUGGUGGUGGAGGAGAGAGGCUGCAGACUGUGCCACCAACCCCACAGACUUCACAGACACCAGAGGAUGAACUACAAGGGGGAUCCAGACCUGCAGCCCACAGCAUCGCUGUUGUCUGCUCUGAGACUAACUACAGGUUUACCUGUGACCAGACCAUACUGCAUCCUGGAGCCCUCAGGGUCAUCAUGACUCUCCUGCCUCAUGUCUUUACUGCAGAGGAUCCACAGCUGUCAGUGGAGGUCCAGUACUCAGUAGCCCACCACCUCCAGGUGAUGGUAACAUCAGAGAAGAACCGGCAGAUCGUCUGCAAGGGGGGUUUGGUGUCCACUCUACUAACCCACUGUCGAAGCAUCCUGCUCAGGCCGGACCACCCACUAUACCUGCCUGACACACGCAUCCUGGAGAAAAUCUCCUCACACUCCAUCUCCCACAUAGACCUCAGGCGUUUCUUGUGUCUUUGUGAUCCUCUGAUGUGCCAAGCUAACAAAAUUGCUGCCACCUCUGCUCCAGAAUCCAAUACACAAUGCCCCUUUUCUCCCUCCAAUGGCCACAGCCCAGAGAAGACAGACAGCUUAACAGACAGUGAGACCACCACUCGCUCCAUCAUGAAGACAUUGAAAUGCUCUUUUAGCCUGCUGAGCUCCUCUCCUCCUAUUGGCUCUCCUGUCGGCCAGCCCCUCCCCCUGCACCAAAUCAUUAGCCUAGUCUCCAUGACGUCACCAAGGAGCUUCCGACCACACCGAGUCUCCACCUCUCCGGCCUUUGUGGAGUUUGAUAUGACUGAGAGCGGCUAUGGCUGUCUGUUUCUACCAUCCCUGGCUACAGUGAAAGGUGUCAAUGCUGACUCCAUCCCAAUAGGGGGAAUAGGAGGAGACUGUCGUGGUUUCCCUCCAGCAGCAGGCCUGUCAUAUUCCUGCUGGUUCCUGAUCAGCAGGUUCAGUUCAGCCUGUGAUUCCCACCCGAUCUGGCUGCUGUCUGUGGUGCGCCAUAUGUCCCGUGCCGAACAGCAGUACGUCUGUCUGUCUGUCUCCAUCUCAGCCAGCGACGGAUGUUUGGUCAUCUCCACUGAGGAGGAGCCCUUCACCUUCCUGGAUAUGAUGGAGCCAGAGGUGCGGCCCCCCAGCCCCCUGCCAGGUUCUCUGAGGUUCAAAUGCUCCAGUCAGCUGACCCCAGGUCAGUGGCACCAUCUGGCCAUUGUCAUGGCGAAGGACGUGAAGAAGAGCUGUAAGGUCACGGCCCACCUCAAUGGGAAACUGGUGGGAGCAGCAAAGAUGCUGUACAUCCAACCGUUCCCGGGUCAGUACGUUUCCAUGGAACCCACGGCGGUGAUUGACGUGUGUGCCUUCAUUGGAACGCCGUCUCUAUGGAAACAGCACGCUUCGUUGGUGUGGCGCGUCGGGCCCACCUACCUGUUUGAGGAAGUGCUGAGUCCAGGGGCUGUAGGAGUCAUCUACAACCAGGGAACAGCCUACUUGGGAAACUACCUGGCUCUACGCAACACAGGCUCUGGCCCAGACCCCAUCCCUCUCAGGCUGGUCCCUGAGGAGAGGAUCUCAUUUGGUAUCAACCCGGCUGUAGCAACUUUAACCACGGUAGCAGAGAUACGAGAAAGCUACAACGAGGUGGACUGCCGUCUCAUCGCCAAAGAGAUGGGAAUCACGUCCAGAGAUAACUCCACCCCUGUGUUCCUGUCUCAAAACAUCAGCCACCACCUGACUGGCACUGCACGCACCAUAGGAGCUGCACUGGUUGGACACUUUGGAGUGCGGACGUUCGCUCCCAGCAGCGCAGGGGAUGGCUUUCUGUACCUUGGUGGGCCGGCGGUGAUCCUAAGCAUGGUUGCUAUGGCGGCAGACGACGGAGCGCUGUACGCAGCAGUGAAAGUUCUGCUGUCUGUGUUGGAGACAAGCCCUGCCAUGGAGCGGGAGAUGACACGCAUCAAUGGCUACAAGCUCCUAGCAUUCCUGCUGAAGAUUAAGAGCGGUGUGUUGAGCAGUAGAACCUUUCAGCUGGUGCUGUCUCUGUCUGGUUCAGUGGACCACCUGGGAUCUGGAGCCGCUUGUCUACACAACAGACCCGCCUUCAAUGCCCUGCUCUGUGACCUGGAGGUGUGGAAGAACACUGCAGAAAGUCUGGACCUGUCAGUUCUCAAUCACUUUGCUGAAAUCCUGAAAUCAUCAAGUGGUGACCAUGGUAAUGCAAAGGCCAUGUAUAACCUGGGUCUGGUGCCUAAACUGCUCUUCCUAUUGGCUGACCCCAUGGUGACCCCCAGGAAAGUAAAGGUUGCCAUCUGUAUCAUCACUCACCUGCUUAGAGGACACUUCACCUCCACCGACAUACGCAGACUUGGCCUCUUCCUGGUGUACACCGUGCCUCCCCCAAGUGUGAGUGAAAGCUCUGGACUCUCUGACUCUCUUGAUGAGGAAACCAAAGCUAGUUUCAGUCCAGCCAGACCAGUGUGGGUCCGUAAUCAACUGCUGUCUUCUCUCUGUGACCUCAUCAGCUCAGACAGUCUUCUCACUGCAGAUGAGCAGAAAGAGCUGAUCCAGACACUGGGCAGUGAUUGGUUCCUGUUGUUCCUGCAGCCCCGCCUCCACUCUUCCACCCUGUGCCUAGGGCUCCGCCUACUCACACUCCUCCUGGCCAAUCAGAGCGAGCGGAACAGCUUCAGAGAGGGCGUGUCCCCAGGCACCCUAGUAGAGAGCCUGGAUGAACCCUCUGUUGUCAUAGACAACCUGAGAGCUUAUGAGUGGUCCUAUGAGUGUCAGAGUGUCACCUGCGCAGGCUUUGACGUGCUGCAAAGGCUUCUGGUCCACCAGGCUCACCUGCCUCAGGUGUACGGAGCGCUGGCCUCUCUACUGCUGGGGAAGAGAGGAGGAGAAACACCUGACGGACAGCUGGAUCUGGAUGAAGUUCUACAGGCAGUGAUUGACAGCACAGCGUACACAAACUCUGCUCCCCUACAGCUGUGUUCCAAGUCUGCAGCCAUGCUACUGGAGCUGGUCAAGGCCAUCAUCACACAGCGGUCAUCUGCCGCUGAUGCAUCUUGGGAGUUUCAGUUUUCCGGCAGUGUGAUGCAGUUCCUCUGUCUGGUACACAAUCACCGCUCCCGAGACCCACUAUGGACGUCUCCAGAGUUUCUACACACGCUUGCCAGCACUGUGUUUCCCCCUGAGAGUGAAGAGGAGGUGCCUAAGUGGGUGUGUCAGCCAACCAGGAAGCAGGUGUGUGACUUCAUCCGUAUCCUCUUAAUGGACAGCCUGCUCAACGUGCCUGCCAAAGAACACACACACCCCCUACUGCUGCUACUGGAGUAUUCCCCAGAAGGAGCAUCGUUGGAGCGGAGACAGGUCUUCCAGACUGAAUUGAUUGAGUUCUUCAUGGAUAUCAUCCACAUGACCAGCCAGGAGAAUGGACAUAACACACACCUCACCACACAGGAGUCAAACUCCCAGAGACCUGAGGGGCAGAUGGCCACACUGAUGGAGAACAUGGUGCUUUUCAGUCAGAAGUUUCUGGAGAAACUCUACAGCGGCAUGUUUCUGGUUGAGCCAGAGAACCUGCUCACCUUCCUAGCUGACCAGAUAGUGGUGGUGCUGGAGAAGGGCCUAUCACAGAAAGAGAACACAGUUUCCUCCCUCUACACCAGCACCAACCGAGCCCUGCUCUACUUCCUGUCCCGCCCACAACGCACACAGGCCGAACAGGAAGCUGUCAUCAAUACGCUGCGGGUGGUCAUGGAGCGCUGGGAUGUAGUCAUGGCAACCUACAAUGCCAACGUGAACUUCAUUACCUGCCUGCUGCACUGUCUUCUGUUGAUACGAUCUGGCAGCUACCCAGAAGGCUUUGGGUUUGAAAGGCACAAGAAACACCAGCGGAGAAUCCUGUCUCAUCUGUUCCCUCUCAAGACCAGCCACACUACCACACUCAGCCAAGUACCUGAUUCAGACACAGAGCUGAUGUCCCUAGCAGAGUCUGUGUGGUCUAAGAUCCUGACUGAGAGACGUACCAUUCUAGAAGACACCUAUAAGAUUGAGCUCUCAGCUAAUCAGACGCAGAGGAUGGGACCUGUCAGCAUGAGUGACAUCAGCCCGCUGUGGGAGGAGACAGCACUCAAGGUGUGGCAGUUAUACACAGGCAAUGUGAAGAGGAAGCUGACUAGCACCAUCCAGAGGAAAGAUGGUGUAAUCAGCUCUGCUAUUCGCUCUGUCCACAAACGACUGGGGAGAGAAACUGGCACUGUGGAGGAGUUCCUGUCUUGUAUGGAGGCCCAUUUGAAGAGAGGUCAGGAGAUGUUUGAGAAGCUGAGGAAGAACCACACACAGCUGUGUGCUUAUGAGUGGAAGCGGUUGGGGACUAUGUGGCUGUGUGUGGAGGAGGAGCUGCUAAGGGAGAGGGGUGUGUUCGGCCCGGGGCCGGGGGUGGUGCUGACACGAGGCUGGGUCCAGGAUGCAGCUGAGGGCCCCAACCGCACCAGGCCUCGCAUCCGCAGGAGAGCCCAGCGACGCUCCAAACGGUUGGCAGAUAUGUGUGUGAGAAAUAGUCUGCCAGAGGAGAGCAAAGGAAGGACAGAGACUGACUCAGAGUCAGGGAUCCUGUUUGAGCCAGGGACAGAGGAAGAGGAUGGUGGAGAGGACUGUAACCGCCUAACCUUUUUCCCUGUCCUGACUGAGACUACUGCACCUCUCACGGAGCCCUCCCCCCCAGCGUCCACCACCCCUGAGCCCUGCUCACAUACACACACCUGCAGCCACACACACAUCAUACUACAGGAGCUGGAGCCUGAGGAAGAGGUUAAAGCGAAGGUGUGUGUGGUGGUGGUCAGUGGGCUGUCUGUAACAGAGGGGCUUCUGUUGUUUGGGACAGAAAGUCUGUACAUGUGUGAGGGCUUCACCCUAACCCCCGCAGGAGAUGUCUGCUGCAGAAAACACCACCCCACUGGGUACUGUGUUGUGCGUGACGCGUUCGUUUCCAGUAUGUUGACUAAAGACAUGUCUUCAUCCAGCCCCAGCUGCAAACGAUGGCCCUACCAGGACAUAAGAGAUGUCCGCUUUAUGCGUUUCCUUCUAGAGGAAAAUGCGCUGGAGAUCUUUAUGCAGAACGGAUACUCUACUUUCCUGGUUUUCUUCAACAAAGACCAUGUGUCUGCUUUUAAAAGGCUGUGUUCAGUGGUGCCAGCAUUGAUAGGUAGAGGGGUUGCUGAGGUCAUAACUAAUAUCAGGAAGACUCCAGUGAUGGAGAAGACUGCGCAGGUGAAAUGGCAGCGUGGGGACAUUAGUAAUUUUGAGUACUUGAUGCAUUUGAACACUCUGGCUGGUAGAACCUAUAAUGACCUCAUGCAGUACCCCGUCUUCCCCUGGGUCCUAGCUGACUACAAGUCGGAGACCCUGGAUCUGAACAAACCGGCGACAUUUCGUGACCUCUCGAAACCAAUGGGAGCCCAGACAGAGAAGAGGAGAGACAUGUUUAUUCAGAGAUUUAAUGAAGUGGAAAAUAGUGAAGGUGACCUGGCAAUGAGGUGUCACUACUGUACCCACUAUUCUUCGGCCAUCAUCGUGUCGUCCUUCCUCGUUCGGAUGGAACCCUUCUCACACACCUUUCUGACCCUACAGGGAGGGUAUGACAUAGCAGAGAGGAUGUUCCAUAGCGUGAAGAAGGACUGGGACUCCGCCUCCAGAGACAACAUGAGUGAUGUCAGAGAGCUGAUCCCAGAGUUCUACUACCUACCUGACUUCCUGGUUAACACAAACCACUUCAAACUAGGCUGUAUGCAGGACGGUACCACUCUAGGGGACGUUGUCCUCCCUCCCUGGGCUAAGGGAGACCCCCGGGAGUUCAUCAGAGUUCACCGAGAGGCUCUGGAGUGUGAGUAUGUUAGCUCCCACCUCCACCUGUGGAUCGACCUGAUCUUUGGGCACUGCCAGCAGGGACCAGCCGCUGUAGAGUCCCUCAACACAUUCCACCCCUACUUCUACGCCCAGAGAGGGAAAGGGACAGGGGGGCAGGAUGCACUCAGAGACCCCCUUAUCAAGAGCACCAUCCAGGGAUACGUCAAUAACUUUGGACAGGUUCCCAAACAGCUGUUCAACAAGCCCCACCCUCCUCGUGCCGGCUCCAAAAAGGAGGGAUCAGCACCCGCCCAGCCAACUCCCUUUUUCUUCAGACUGGACAAGCUCAAACCCUCCGUUCAACCAUUCAAAGAGCUCCUUCGUGGUCCAGUAGGCCAAGUGGUUUGUGUGGACAAAGAGGUUUUGGUCGUAGAGAAGAACAGACUACUGAUCCCUCCUCUGUGGAAUGUCUACUUCUCCUGGGGCUUCCCUGAUAACUCCUGCUCCUUCGGACACUACACCACUGAGAAAACCUUUGCUGUAUGCGAGAGUGUGUGUGACUGGGGGGAGAUGCUGUGUGCAGCGUGUCCCAACCAAGCUACCAUAGUCACUGCUGGGACCAGUUCAGUGGUGUGUGUGUGGGAUGUUUCCAUCAGCAAGGACAAACUCACUCACAUGAAACUCAGACAGGCGCUGUAUGGUCAUACCGAUGCAGUAACGUGUCUGGCGGUGUCUGGCGUUCAUGGAGUGAUAGCCAGCGGUUCUCGUGACCUCACCUGUAUACUGUGGGACCUUGAGGAACUCAACUACAUCACUCAGCUACCUGGACACAAGGCUAGCAUCACAGCACUUGCUAUCAAUGACCUCACGGGUGAGAUAGCAUCGUGUGCAGGGCCGGUCCUGUACCUGUGGAGUAUGAAGGGUCAGUUACUCACCUGGCUCGACACAUCCUGUGGCUCUGAUGUCACUUCCUGCAGCUCAGGUGGGGACAUCCUGUCUGUCUGCUUCACUCAGAGACACGAGUGGGAUCCACGAAACGUUAUAGUCACUGGCUGUGCUGACGGGAUAGUGAGGAUCUGGAGGACGGAGUACACUAGAACAUCACCUGAUCCUCCACAGCAGCCCACAUCCCCAGGACAGGAUGAGCCUGCAAUGAACAUAGACGGAAUGUCGGGUCCGGGUCAGAGUUGGGAGAGACACCUGGUGUUGUGUCGGCCGCUAAACAGGAGUGAAGCAGUGUCCAGACGGCGCUACAAAAACAACCCUGCAGUCACUGCUCUAGCCAUGUCCAGGACCCAUGCUACUCUGCUUGUUGGAGAUGGCUGGGGUAGAGUCUUCACCUGGACCUGUGAGUGAUGGGGAAGGAGCAGUUGGGUGUGUCUGUUUGUGCGUGCAUGCGUGGGUGUGGUGCGUGCGUGGGUGGGUGCGUGCGUGGUGUGCGUGCGUGAGUUCCAUACAACCAACAAUACACCAAAACCCAGCCUGCACUUCAGGAACCUCUUAUUGCACUGCACAUGUGCACUCUUUCACCAGCCCCUGCCUCACCUCCAGACCGACCACCACACUCCAAUCGUAGAGAGAUGUUCUCUCUCUCAAAGUCUCCUGGCACAGGGAGGAAAUGGAGAGAGGGAGGAUCAGGAUUUUCUUUUUGAGUGUUUACAAACUAUUUACACUUAUUACAAGAUUAACACAUGACAUGGAAGGAACAGAUCAAUGAAUCAUGUGGUUUCAACCUAUAUACAGAUCGUACAUUUCAAUUUACUAUUUUGUUGAUGAAUGUAACUGUAAUUGUGAAAGUAACUGUUUACACUGCUUUCGGAAAGUAUUCCGACCCCUUCACUUAUUCUAAAAUGGAUUAAAUAAAAAAAGUCUCAUGAAUCAGCACACAAUACCCCAUAAAGACAAAGCGAAAACAGGUUUUUAGAAAUUUGUGCAAAUGUAUUAUUUAUGUAUUUACAUAAGCAUUCAGACCCUUUGCUAUGACACUCAAAAUUGAGCUCAGGUUUGUCCUGUUAACAUUG